UGGCCCUGCUGUCAAACACAGAUGAGAAUACAGCAGCAGGUUUCGGGAGGGCACCGCCGUUAGGUAAUCGCGUUUGUUCUGUGCUCGGCUGCUGCGGGGACCAAUGGAAACGGAGCGGCGAGCUGUGCACGAACAACAAAUCAUUUUAAUUUAAUUCCCUCCAACUCCGAAGCUGCCGGAGAGGCGACGUGUGCACACCGGUGAUGGUGCACAGACACACGCCAGCCCCGAAACUUCAGAGCGGAUCUGUGAACUGUAAGACGAGUCCUGCGCCUCCCGCCGCUCGUCGGGCUGACGCGUGAGCCGGCUGAUGGUCGCUUUCAUGACAAGAGCAAUUAUGCAAUUACGGCUUAAUUGGUGAGAAGCGUCUUCAUUACAGCAACAGAUGAGAGAAUGUUGAGGGCGGACAAGAGAGACAUUAAAGAGCUGCGGCUGCCCACCUGCGCCCUUUAAGAGCUUCUCUGUAGGACCUCCUUCUCAGCUCCUGUAAAGAUCUCUUCCAUCCUGUCACACAUUCCGAGGCCAUCAUGCCCAUCAUCAGUAAUGCCAACCAUGACUUCAGCACCUACUCGAUCAGCAGUGACGACAGCAGCCUCGACCGCUUCUUCACUGAGAUCCCGGAGACCGAGACCAUAAAGGGGGUUUACUUCCAGCGAGCCCAGCUGCUUCGGGACCCCAAGGCCUCGUAUGUGGUUGACCACACCCUGCAGGUUCUCAUCAAUGUCGGGGGCAACCGGUACACCUUCCCUUGGAGCACCUUGGAGCAGUUCCCCCAGAGUCGCCUUGGACGGCUGCGCUUCUGCACCACCCCUGAGGAGAUCGCACGGCUCUGCGACGACUAUGAUGAAACGUGCAAGGAAUACUUUUUUGACCGAAACCCGACAGCCUUCAGGGUCAUCCUCAACUUCCUGGCUGCGGGCAAACUGCGUCUGCUUCGGGAACUGUGUGCCGUGUCGCUGCACGACGAGCUUGACUACUGGGGUGUGGACCUGGGCCACAUGGAGCGCUGUUGUCGUCGUCGCAUGAUCACCCGUGUGGAGGAGGUGGCAGAGCGAGAGCGCAAAGAAGAGGAGUGGAGGCAGAAGAGGGUGAUGCUAAAGAAAAGCACCAUACGGGCUGAAAAAGGCUAUCGGAGACUGACCUGGAUGCUGCGAGAAGUGGUGGAAAACCCUCAGUCAGGGCUGGCCGGGAAGAUGUUCGCCUGCCUCUCUGUCGUCAUGGUGCUGGUCACCGUCAUCAGCCUGUGCAUCAGCACCAUGCCGGACCUCAGAGAUGAAGAGACCAGGGGCGAGUGCUCCCAGAGGUGUCACAGCAUGUUCGUGGUGGAGUCCAUCUGUGUGGCGUGGUUCACCUUGGAGUUCGUGCUGCGAUUUGUCAACGCUCAGAGCAAGCUGGCCUUCGCUCGUGGUCCCCUCAACAUCAUCGACGCCAUCGCCAUCCUGCCGUACUACGUGUCCUUGGUCGUCGAUGUCAGAGAUGAGUCGCAGGAGGAUGUCAUCAUGGGUUCCGGCAGAGGCUAUCUGGACAAACUGAGUCUCAUCCUGCGGCUGCUUCGGGCCCUGCGGAUCCUGUACGUCAUGCGGCUGGCCCGCCACUCUCUGGGCCUGCAGACUUUAGGUCUGACCAUGCAGCGCAGCAUGAGGGAGUUCGGCCUGCUGCUGCUGUUCGUCUGCGUGGCCGUGACCCUCUUCUCGCCUCUGGUUCACCUGGCAGAGAGCGAACUGGCGCCGUUUGCCGCCACGCACCCCCACCACAGCUUCAGCAGCAUCCCGGCCUCCUACUGGUGGGCUAUCAUCUCUAUGACGACGGUGGGCUACGGCGACAUGGUGCCACGCAGCAUCCCCGGACAGAUAGUCGCGCUGACCAGCAUCCUGAGUGGCAUCCUCAUCAUGGCGUUCCCCGCCACAUCCAUCUUCCACACCUUCUCCCGCUCUUAUCAGGAGCUCAAGCAAGAGUAUGAGCGUCUGUGGAAGGAGGAGCGAGACGAGGAAGAGGCUGCCGUGUCCGAGGACAGUUGGUCCAAAGUCGAUUUGUCACCAGAUGAGCACACGUCCGCGUCCAAGGAAGACAACGACAGACUGAUGUCAAACAGGAGUCAUGAGUCCACACUUCCAUCCACAGCUUUCUGAUGGACCAGGAAGAGAGCAGUCAAACGCAAACUCCACAGAACAACAUCACAACGUCGACUCCAGAAGACUGUUUUGUCGUGUACAGUGAAUUAUGCUUGUUCAUAUUCUGGAUUCACACUUUAGGCUUUUAACAAACUAUCACUUAUCAGAUUCCAUUAAGCUCUGUUCAUGUCAGCACAUACCUGCAGCAGCGCAGACUGAACCUUUGUCAGCUCAAUUCUCACUUUUUGUGUUAGAAAAUAUAAACUAAAAUAUUACUGCAAUUAUCGUGUACAUUUUUCCAUUGUCGGCAUCUAUGGACGUAUGAGCACUCGUCAUGUUGUAUAGCGUUGAUAGUAGAAUUUUUCAACAUGUUAACAUUAGCUGUUUGGCAGUUUCAGCCAUCUGACCCUUUACAACAUCCAAUAUUUGGAGAUUCAUGUGUUUGUGCUCCAUUCAGAAAGCUAGUUAGGCUAGCUUGCUGGGAUUAGCGCUGGCUUCCUGGCACCAACGCUUCCUCACAUGCUCUGCCAAGCUGCAUGAUCAGUGAACUACGAUGUCAGCACAGACGCAAAGUGACAGCAUCUCCACUGUGAUGGAUUACACAGCACAACCGUCACGUCUGUGCGGGGUGAUUUUUGUUUUUGGUGGGAAUAAGUGGCUGUCUGGAAAGUGUGAUUUAAAAAUGGUGGGCAACAGUUUGUAUUGUCAUAGUCCUUUAAUGUGCAGAUUACUUUCAUCCUCAGCUCUGACGAUUGUGUAGCUCCUCUAGCGUCACUGCUUGUACACUUUCAAAAUAAACUAUUUUACUCU